AUGGUUGGAUUUAAGCCUACAGAUGUGUCACCAACAGCCACCGUCAAGUUCCUUGGGGCUGGCACUGCUGCCUGCAUCGCUGAUCUCAUCACUUUCCCCCUGGACACAGCCAAAGUCCGAGUACAGAUUCAAGGAGAGAGUCGGGGGCGGCGUGUCAUGGGCACCGUUCUGAACAUGGUGAAGGGCCCUGACAGCCUGUACAAUGGGCUGGUGGCUGGCUUGGAGCGCCAGAUGAGUUUUGCCUCUGUCCGCAUUGGCCUCUAUGACUCUGUCAAGCAGUUCUACACCAAGGGAUACGUGAAUGAACUCUGCCGCGGGUCAGCAUGA